AUGAACGGUCCAAAGGUAGCGAAAUUCCUUGUCAGUGGUCUAAUUAUAGUUAGUUUAUUAAUUGGUGGAGCCUUUGUAAUUAGGAAAAAUAGUUCACCCAAAAGCAAAAAUUCUCUGCCGCAACCUAACCCAAAUCAGCCAAAACCUAAUAAUGAUUUACCUUUACCUAACCCAAACAAUCCACCAAAUCAACCUAAUAACAACUCCGACCAAAAAAUUCUGGCUAAGGUAAUCAAAGAGGAUUUAAAAUCUAUCUUAAGCAGUGUUAAUAAGAAAAAUCUUUAUCAAAGUUAUUGGGAACUUCCUAGCAGUAUCAUUUAUAUAACUUCGGGUAAUGACAAGGAAGCAGAAAUCGAACAAGAAAAACGAGAAAAGAAUGAUAGAUUAAACAAUAAUCCGCAAUUAUUUUACUAUUCCUCAGGCGGUUCAAUUAAACGAAAAGGCAAAACGUUCGAAUUUAAGGAGUUUUUAGGAAAAAGAAACGGGAAAGACCUUCAUCUUUAUAUUGCCAUAAAUCACCCGGUUUUAACUAAUAUUGGUAAUCAUUUAGACAAAACUAAAAAGGAACGAUUUUAUUUAAUUACUGGCUUGGCUGAACCAACUAAAUUUAACAAUAAAUAUAAUUAUUUUGAAAAGUUAAAUAAAAUGCCAAAACCAAUAACUAAUAAUUUUUCGCAGCAAGUUUAUAAUUUGUGUUCGCAAAUACCGGUCGGUUAUGUCUCAACUUACAAGCACAUCGCCCAGUUUCUUAACACUUCGCCACGAGCCGUCGGACAGGUUCUUAAAAAUAACCCGUAUUUAUCAGAAUUAGUUCCUUGUCAUCGGGUUAUCGCUUCUAACUAUUUUAUUGUUUUCAUGAAUAGCGAGUUAGCCGAGAAAAUUAUUGACUAUCUAAAAAAAUUAGAAAAAAAUGAAGUUUCUCCCCCUCUAAGUAAUAAAAAAAAAAACCUCUUAUUGGUUAGUAAAAGAGAGUAUGAUGAAUUGGAUAAAGAGCAACAGGAUUAUCAAGAAUUAGUUCAAGCAGUCAGCCCCGAGGAACAAACUUUACUUCGGGAAGAAAUUAACAGUUUAGCAGAGCAAAAAAAUCAACUAAUCACCAAAAUUAAAGAGCAAAUAAUCGCGGAAGAAGGAGUUAAGCAAAAUAUCGUUAUGGAAAUCCGUCCGGUGAAAGGGAACGAAGUAUAUAACUGGUUAAAAAAUGAAGCAGGGGUUCAUCGGGUUCAAAGAGUUCCCCAAACCGAAAGCCGAGGCAGAAUACAUACCUCAACCGCUAGUGUCGUAGUUUUACCCGAAGUUCAGGAUAUUGCCCUUGAUAUUCGUCCCCAAGAUUUACGAAUUGAUACUUAUCGGUCCAGUGGAGCCGGCGGACAGCAUGUUAAUACGACUGACUCAGCGGUGCGAAUUACUCAUAUAUCAACUGGUAUUGUUGCCACUUCCCAAGAUGGUCGUAGUCAACAUGAUAACAAAGAAAAAGCCUUGUUUAUUUUGAAAAGCCGUUUAUUAGAAAAAUUACAAUCGGACCAGCAAAAAAAAACGGGAAAUUUACGCUCUACCAUGAUUGGCACCGCUGAACGCUCAGAAAAAAUCCGUACUUAUAAUUAUCCGCAAAAUCGGGUCACCGACCAUCGCUUAGGAGUUAGUUGGAAUAAACUUAAUUUUAUUAUCGAAGGCGAUUUAGCCGAAUUAAACCUAUCAAGUGUUAGAAUUUGGUAUAAAUAUCAUCAACCUUCACCAAACAGUCCCCGAAGAAGAAAAGGUUCGCAACGUUUAUCACUGCCAGAAAAAACGCCUCAGGAAAAGAAAGAAAAAGAAGAAUCACUAAAUUCAGAGGAAAUUAGCGAAAACGAACAAGGAGAAGGAGGAAGCGAAACUUUAAUGGGCGUAUGCAUUACUAGUUCACACGAAGAAGGAGACCAAUCAAGACCCCAAAAAGGCACUUCAAUGAUAAAAGGUGGAUAUUCGAUAACUACCUUAGACGGGAAAGAAAUUAGUCGUGAAGAUAAAUCUACCAUUUGUGAUUCAACUUAUCAAUCGCUAAUUGAAACUAUGGCUCAUGAAUUAGCCCAUGCAGUAAUAAGCACUUUAAUACUGGAUGGUAAAUUAGUUGGUCUUGACGAUGGCGGUCACGGACCACUUCACGAUGAUUUUAUUGUCCGAAUAGAAAACAUGAUAAAAAAUUCACCGCACUAUGAAGAAUUAUGA